AACAAAACACAAAGGGACCGUGGCCCAUCGUAGCUCCGCCACAGAACUACAAAUCAAUCACGCACACAAAGAGAUACGAAGAUACAUAGAUCAAUCAGCUUUAUAUUUCAAUCCCUGUCCACAACCUAAAUAUUAUCCUCAAUAAAUGAUGGAAAGUAUAGCUCCCAACUAGAAAUUCUACACUUCAAAUAUGCCGUUGUUAACCGUUUCUUGCUUCCCGAUUCCAUUCCCAUAUCCUUCAAUACCACGAGUCAUUACUUAUGGAGGCUUUGCCUCAAGAAAUGUUGCGGCUUUGGAGUUUCGUGCAGCUGCUGCGGGGAAGAGCCGCAAUCCCAUGGAGUUCGAAACUCCGUUUCCGAGUGAUUAUGAUGAACUACUUAAGCAAGCUAAAGAAGCCACUGAACUGGCUCUACAGAGCAACAAGCAGCUGAUGGAAAUAGAAUUUCCUACCUCGGGUCUCGACUCAGUGCCAGGCGAUGGUGAAGGCGGCAUAGAAAUGACGGGGAGCUUGCAACUCAUUCGGGAAUACUGUGACCUUCUCAUUAGUCCACAGAAAACCACAAAGACUAGAGUUUUCUUGCCUGAGGCUAAUGAAGUUGCAUUUGCAAGAAAAACAGUUUUUGGAGGAUCUUCUCUUAAACUAGACUACUUAACAAUACCAUCAUUCUUCCAAGAUUUUGGCAUCGUGUCCAAGGUUAAAAUGGCCGACCGAGUGAAGCCAGACGACGAACUCUUCCUUGUCGGCUAUCCAUAUUUCAAUGUUAACGAGAUGCUGGUGGUGGAAGAACUGUACAAAGAGGCUGUGGUGGAGACGUCGCGAAAGCUGAUUAUUUUCAAUGGGGAGUUAGAUAGAAUAAGAUCAGGCUAUUAUCCGGCAUUCUUUUAUCCAAAACUGGCUGCACUCACCCAGUCAUUUUUUCCGAAGAUGGAGACCGUGUAUUAUAUUCACAACUUUAAAGGACGAAACGGAGGAGUGCUCUUCAGGUGCUACCCUGGUCCAUGGAGGGUGCUAAGGAAAGUGAGAAAUGGAUACAUAUGUGUGCAUCAACAAGAAGUGAUGCCAUCACUCAAGGAAGUUGCUUUGGAAAUUCUUCCUUCAGCAUGAUAUGUAUUUAAUGAUUUCUCCCACCCUUUAAUCGAUUUAUGUAUCGAAGCUGGGAAUUAAUUAAUGUUGUUGAGAAGGCUGUUGACAAA